CUAAUUCGAUCGUCAUUAAUUUUAUGUUCCACAUAUGACGUUUGUUAUUGUUACAUUUACUCUGCUACAAUAGUGUUUAGCGGAAUUCUAUCUGAUAAAUUCCAGUGCAAACCUCAAUUAUGUAUUAACGAUUAAUUGUAAUUGAUUUGAGCAUGCGAAUAUGCCCAAAUAAUAAUCUUAAAAACGAGUUUUUCUAACUACGCAAUUAUAGUGAACGUGCGAAAUUGAAAAAUAAACGUUCCGUAACGCAAAGGCGAAUAGAGCAAUUCAUCGGAAUGGGGUGCGUUAAGAAAGACCUGGAGAUUAUAUACAAUCUCCAGUGGAAGAAUAAUCCAGGUCAUGUUAAUGACAAAGCAAACAUUGUGGCGAUGUGCGACAUUCCCGCGACGACCUUAAAUUGGGAAACUUUCAAAUCUUACUUGUUGAAGAACUCGGGAGCGGGCGGUGACGACGUUAAAGUAUCCUAUGUCAGCAUUGACGAUAAGGAAUUUCCAAUCGAAUCCCAAUUGGAUUUCCAAAUCGCGCUAUACUCGUUCCGCGAGCGAGCUCGCCAAGGGGGUAUCAUAACCUUAAAACUUGAUUGUGUUUCCCACCCUCCACAAAAUGGAGCUAAACGGUUGCGUCGGAACGAAAACAAAACAGUAUUGAUGCCCGAUUUUAACGUCAGCGUUGAGAGUGAGCCACCUGAAUGGUUCAAAAAGUAUAUGAAGGAGUUCAAAAAGGAAAUUAUGGAUGAAGUCACAGAGUCGGUCGUGAACGCAGUUUCGGCCCUCAAACUAAACAGUUGCACCACUCGGAAGGCUAAGUUCGAGUCGUCCCGACGUGCACGUCGCAAUUCGUUCUGUGACAUGAACGACAAGGAGUUGGUCAGAUCCAUAAAGUUGGAGAAGAAAAUCGACUCCAAAUUGGACAAGUUGGAGCAGAAAACUAUGAAAAUAAAGGAAAAGAAAAUGGCCCUGCUGCAGAACUGCAAUCAGGUCGCGUGGCAAGUGGUGCCUAGUUUUGCGGAUCCUGACGAUAUCGAUCGGCUUGUUAACGUCACGAUCGUUGGAAAACACGAAAUUUCGGUGCAGCACAUGUGGGGCGGCGAGGUGUACCAGCAGGAGUGGGAGAUCAUUAAUAGCGGCGAAGUGGAGUGGGACUCAGAUACCGAGUUGCGCUAUGCUUGGGGUUCUGAGCAGUUAAAGCCUGUUGCUAAGAUUGUUCCAUGUCCAAAACUCAAACCACAGGAAAAGGGAACGAUUUCUGUAUAUUUGGAGAUGCCGAAGAAGCCUGGACAGUAUGAAUGCUAUUGGUACUUCCAUCACGAGGGUCGUCGUUUAGGUCGUUGGGUCGGUUGUCAUUUUACAGUUGACCAAACACCAAUGAAUGUACUCACUGAACCGAAAGAGUCAACAAGUUUAGACGAUUAUUUAUUGCCCAUGAAGUUUUAUCCGGCAGCAUCUUUGCCCAACGGAAAAAUUGAUAAUGAUAUUCUGCUAAAUGUACACGAGAAUGUAGAGAAUUUGAAAACGGAAAGUCAGGGCGACAGUCUUGUAGGAUGCCCGUCAGAAACCCAAAAUCAAGGCGAUAGUCUUAUUGGUUGCCCAUCUGAGACUCAAAGCAUUAUUUCUAUUGCGGGGAGUACUUCUUCGGUAAAUUCUGCCCCGAGCGACGAAUUUGUUGUUGUUCGCUUCCCAGAAGCUGAGGCCAUUGAAGAUAUGAACUCUCAAAAUCUCUGCAUAGCUCUUAGUGACAUUAAAGUGGAAAAAAUCGUAGACGCAGAGAAUGUGACCGUAAAAACCGAGGAUGAUAAUAAUAAUAACAGCAUGGAGGGUACUACAGAUUUAAAUGAACACAAAUCCAAGUACGCGUACAUCCAUUAUAAUGGACAAAAGAUUCCUGUACCAAAAUCUUUAUUACGUACCGAUUACUUAGAAAAUGCUGAGGACGCCCCAGAACCGACGACAAAUGGCAUACCAAUACCUCCACCAUUAUUAAGUGACGAUGCUGCUUCUCACGACAACCCAAUUCCACCAGUGUUUGCACAGUCCUUUCUACCAAACUGUACAUCAACAACAGAUAACGCCACAUUCUGCUCUACGAUGACAAACUCGAUUUCUGAGGCCAUGUCGCAGUCGGCUCUCGAAAACAAGUCGCGCCUGUUUGUGUUUCCCCUAAACAGGCCUGGCUUCGAAGUCGUCUACCCCCCCACUCACCCGCAUUCCCUGCCGGAAAGCGUAAAUUUGCAACGCAAUGAGAGCUACACAAGCAAUCAGGUCCCAUUUUCGCCCAAUCAAAGUUUCUAUCUACCGGAUAAUGUUGUCGUGUCCCCAUGCAUUGGGAGCCAUGUAUCCCAAUGCUCCCCACACAGCUACUCCCAGCCGGCCUUCUUUUUGACUCACCCCACUCCCGAUUUCAACCACUCCAAAUGCGGCGGCCAGUACUGCCAACAGUAUGCAAACACUCCCAAGUCGGAUAGUGGCGAAGCCCAUCGCCAGUACCGAACCGAGUCCCCUCAUUGUAACGUUGCGUCAGCUCCUCCCCCACCUGAGCCUAACGGUCUUCACAUGCUGCCCGACACCUUAGUCUCUGGCGCCGUUAACGUCGCAUCGUCCGCAAUAAACACUGCCCGAUCCGUUUUAAAUAUGUUCACGAGACCGGAACAGGGAAAAUGGCUGAACGGCCAUUGGAUUGGAACCGAUUCAAACUCUCCUCGUGAAAAAGCACUGAGGACUUUGUACGAUAUGGGUUUCUGGGAUCGUGACUUGAACGCCACCUUAUUGGCGCGUUAUAAUGACGAUAUUCCGCGUGUUAUUUCUGAACUCUUACAAUAAUCGUUUAGAAACAAAAAAAUGAUUUAAGUCUGUUGGUAUAUUUUGACAAUAGAACUAUUACUUUGUUAAAGGUUAUAUAUUUACUUUUACUAUAAUGCACUUACGUCGCAGUGUAUGAAGCAUUUCAAUCUUAAGUAAAGUGACAUUAGAAAUUGCUUUAGUGCAGAAAUAAUGCUUAAUGCACUUGCGUUCCACUGUCUUAUUAACAUCUGUUUAGUAUCGUAAUCUUGUGCGUGUGUGAGAUAUAUAUAUGGGCUUGUGAUAAUGAUAAUUAAUUAUAAUCCUUUCUUUGUAUGGGUCUUACUUUAUGUGAUGUAUUUCUAGUUUGCUGUAGUACGUAAUGGAGUUAAAAGUUUAUAGAGUAA